AGACACUGAGGCUUCGACAGCUGAGGCUGGACCAUCAGGGUUUCUGGAUGGCAUAAGCCAUCUAGCCAUCGAGGUUAGCUGGCUCAGGAUUUCUGCAGAAUCGCCUGUCCCUGCCUCCCAUCUCCCCAUAUGGACACCCUAGGAUUACAGACACUUGAACUACAUCUAGAUUUUAUAGGGCGCUGCUGGAGAAGAAGCAGAGAAAGAAGCGCCUUGAGCCACUUAUGGUACAACCAAACCCAGAAGCCAGGCUGCGACGGUUAAAGCCACGAGGUGGCGAGGAGCACACGCCUCUGGUGGACCCUCAGACGCCUCGCAGCGAUGUCAUCCUACAUGGCAUUGAUGGUCCAGCUGCUUUCCUUAAGCCAGAGGCUCAGGAUUUGGAAAGCAAGCCUCAUGUUCUCUCAGUGGGCUCCCCGGGCUCCCCUGCUCCCGAAGAGGGCACUGAAGGAGGCGCAGAUGAGGAAAGCCCUGUGGAGACUUCCCCGAAGCCAGACCUUCAGGAGAUUCUCCAGAAACACGGCAUCUUGGGUAGCGUGAACUACGAUGAGGAGACUGACAAUGAGGAAGAGGAAGGGGACAAUCUCAGCUCCCCGUCAGCUCAGCCAGAAAGAGAGAGUUCGGCAGCCAGCCAGAAAGUAGCCUCGGAGACAGGGGCUUCUGGUAUCACAGCCCAGCAAGGGGAUGCCCAGCUUGGAGAAGUGGAGAAUUUAGAGGACUUCGCAUACAGCCCUGCCCCUCGGGGUGUCACAGUGAAGUGUCGGGUAACCAGGGAUAAGAAGGGCAUGGACCGUGGCCUCUUCCCUACCUACUAUAUGCACCUGGAGAAGGAGGAGAAUCGCAAGAUAUUUCUUCUUGCUGGUAGGAAGCGGAAAAAGAGCAAAACAUCCAACUACCUGGUCUCCACAGACCCGACUGAUUUGUCUCGUGAAGGGGAAAGUUACAUUGGCAAACUCAGAUCCAAUCUCAUGGGGACCAAGUUCACAGUGUAUGACCAUGGUGUCAACCCAGUCAAGGCCCAGGGUCUGGUGGAAAAGGCCCACACCCGCCAGGAGCUGGCUGCCAUCUGCUAUGAAACCAAUGUACUGGGUUUUAAAGGUCCUAGGAAAAUGUCUGUGAUCAUUCCGGGGAUGAAUAUGAAUCAUGAACGCAUCCCAUUUCGGCCACGAAAUGAACAUGAGAGCUUGCUUUCAAAGUGGCAAAACAAAUCCAUGGAGAACCUGAUUGAACUGCACAACAAGGCCCCGGUGUGGAGUGACGACACCCAGUCCUAUGUCCUCAACUUCCACGGGAGGGUCACUCAGGCGUCAGUGAAGAACUUUCAGAUAGUCCAUGGAAAUGACCCUGACUACAUAGUCAUGCAGUUUGGACGUGUGGCUGAUGAUGUGUUCACACUGGACUAUAACUACCCACUGUGUGCACUUCAAGCCUUUGCCAUCGGGCUGUCCAGCUUUGACAGCAAGCUGGCAUGUGAAUGAGAAGCAGCAAGUAGGAAACUUCCACACCACAGAGCCUUCAGGAGCAGAAAGCAGCUGCCCUUGACCUGCCCCAGCACAAGAAGAGCAACAGUCUGCUCCUUUCGGGGAUGAUCGAGCGUGUGUGUGAAUGUGAGUGUGUGCGUGUGCGUGUGUGUUUAUACACGAGGACGCAUGCUUGCACACACUCGUUCAUGCCUUCUCUGAGCUUCAGAGACCACAUGUGGUCUUCAGUGGGUGAGAGAUCGCUUAAAGCCCAGGGAAGUGGACACCUGGGCACACUGGUGACUCCUGACUGCACAACAGACUGACGAGUGUAGCUUCCCUGUGCUCAGGCACUCCCAACAGAAUCAGGUUCUCAUAUUAAACACUUGGGCCUCCUUUUUUGAAGACCCUUUCAAAAAGGGGCUGUUCCCUUGGAUGCCUUUGGGAGCCUGCAGACUUUCCCAGCCAAUGGUCUGACGGCGCCUCUUGCUCUGUCUCCAGUUAGCAUCUUUAGCACAAAAACAGCCAUAACCAGUUGGUGCACAAAGACUGUAGCUGUGUCCCAAUAAAACUUUAUUUACAAAGUGGGCAUUGUCCUAGUUUGGCCCGUGACUCCGGUUUGCCGGCCUGCCUCAGUGUGUCCCUAUACUCUGAAGCUGGAGCGUCUUCCAGAACGUAAGUAGAGACACGACACAGUUUGCUCUUUAGGAGCAGCAGACUGACUUUAUUUUUAUUUUUUGUUUUGUUUUAUUUUCCCGAGAUAGGGUUUCUUUGUAUAACGAACAGCCUUGGAUACCCUGGAACUCACUCUGUAGACCAGGCUGCCCCCGAACUCACAGAGAUCUGCCUGCCUCUGCCUCUUGAGUGUUGGGAUCAAAGGCGUGCACCACCACCACCUGGCAACAGACCAACUCUUUACGAGGUACUUGUGCUGAAUACUCUUGAUCACUUUUACCUCAUGGUGAUGAUGGCUGUAGAGUGUCACCUGCCAUCAAUGCUAGGAAAGCUUCACUCAGUGGUCAUGUUUUCUUUUUCUGGGUCAUGUGGCACUAGCUUGCUCCUGGGGUCUGGGAAGGCUCUCAUGCCCCAGCCUCCCUCUUCCGUGUCCUUAGAGCAGGGUGGUAGGGAGCGAUCUCAGCAGAGUGACCGGCCAAACCUCUGAAAGUCUUGCUCUCCAGAGUCUUAAUCUAGUGGAAGGGGAGACAGUAUGGCCUCACUGACACUCCACAGGCCUCACCGGGUCAACUUUGUCCUCUGGCCUUCAGCCUGGCCCACCAGUGCAGACGCUCUCCGUCACCGAGGCUUUGAGAUCAUGAACACUUGCCUGCAAAUCAUGACAGAUUCCUCCAGUUCACCAGCCCAGGAUGGACCUGAACUUGAGAAUUCCAGAACUCUGGCCCUGCCUUCAGUGGUGGUCCACUCCCAGCUGCUUCCCAGCAUGGGCGAAAGGUUGCUGGCUACAGCUCCAUGGUCCUGCCUGUGUGGAGGAGGUCCCUUCGCCCCUGCACCCUGUUGCUCCCUGCUCAGUAUCAGACCUCUUCAUGAUGGCGGAAGAUCUGGGAAGUGGAGGCCUGUGUUCACCCGGUGUCCUGUCUCUCCCUUCAGAUGUCACUGGUUCUGCCUCAGGCAUGCUUCCCACCAAGUGCCUUGUUCAUAAACGUGCUCUGAAGCCUGACACACCUCUGCCACCCGCUGACCCUACAAGCCACUCUGUUAAGCAGAAAGUUGUUCGUUUGUCUCCAGUUAAGUGGUGGGGGGGGCCAUGGGCCACUGGUUCUAAUCUUUCUCUCUGGCUUGGAGAGCUCUGUACUCCCAUUCCGUGGGCUCUGCUUGAAUGUGCAGGUGAUCGGUUUUACACAAAUCAUAUUUAUACCUUUUGUAUGCCAUAUAAAUAAAGAUAAUUUAUAUAAAAAAUAACGUUACACAAUGUCGCCUUCUUCCCAGAAUCCCAUCCCUUGGACUUCCUUCUGCUGUGUUCUGUGGGAAUAUUCUUCAGUUCUUUGAGCCAAGUAGCAACAGAGUUUGGUCCUGGGAGCACCACAGACUGAGAAGAAAGCUGUCUAGGAGAGAGUGUAGACGAAUCAUCCCCAAGAUCUUAUCAAGAUCUUAGAGCUCUGCGUGGAUCAUGGAACUUCAAGCAGAGGGUUCAAAGGGCCCUGAUGAGCCUGGUUGCAUCGUCUUGGACACCGACGUGGGUCAGCCUCCUGGGUCUUUUGUUGGCGUUGUUCACUGAUUUAGCAAAACACAUGGAGUGUGUAACAGUGAAACAGACCCCACCUCCUCCUCGAGUGGUUACCCCCCCCCGUCUGUGUGUGUGUGUGUGUGUGUGUGUGUGUGUGUGGUGUAUUUUUAGAUAGGGUCUUGUGAAUCCAAGGCUGGCCUGGAAUUCACUGUAUAGCCCAGACUGCCUUUGAACUCACGUCCCUCCAACCUCAGCCUCCCGGGUGCUGAGACCACAGGGACUUGUCACUCACCAUACCUGCUCUGUUCACAUGUAAGGAUCACCUCAUAUUGACAAAUAGAAGGAAAGCACAUGCCCAUAGAUCUUUCGUGGGCUUCCACUUCCCGUCAGCAAUAGAGACAGGAAAAGUCAAGAGCCGCAGCUGAGAAUUUCAUUCUUAAUACCUGGUUUUUCUUUUUGUAUAAUUUGAUGUGACCAUGGUUGUGGGGUUUUUUUUGGGGGGGUGUCUCACUAGUGUUUUGUGUAUGGGUGUUUCACUUGCACAUGUGUCUGUGCCUAUGUGUGCCUGGGGCUCACAGAGACCAUAAGAGAGCAUUGGAUCUGCUUUAACUAGAGUUACGGGCAGCUGUGAGCCGCCCUGUGAGUGCUAAGAACUGAACUCUGGUCCUCUGGAAGAGCAGCCAGUGCUCUUAGCCACUGAGCCGUCUCCAGCCUCUGCCUCUUGAGGGCUGAGAUCCAGAUAGAGUCUUUGUAAGAGUUUUAUUUAACAUUUAGUGAUCAAGGUUUUUGGUUUGUUUGUUUGUUUUUGUUUUUUCAGUACUGGGAAUAGAGUCCAGGGCCUCACAUGCUAGGUCACACUCUUAGGCAAAAGAAAAGGUCCAAAUUGAGCAUGGUGACAUGUCUGUAAUCCCAGAACUUGGGCUGCUGAGUGAGGAGACUCGGGCUUGGGUUACAUACUGAGGUCCCGCGUGAGCUUUUCUUUUCUUCCUCCCUUCCUUCCUUCCUCCCUUUCUUUUUUUUAUUUUUAAAAUUCAAGGUCUCCAGUCCUAGCUGGCUUGGCUAUGUAGACGAGGCUGGUCUUGAACUCAGAUGUGUCCCCCUCUACCUCUCGAGUGCUGUGAUUAAGGGUGGUUGCCACUGCACUCAGCCUCUGAAUUUUUUUUAAGACAAAAAUCUCAUGUUGCCCCAGGCUAUUGUUCGAAUUCUAAAUGGUGUUAUAGUAAAAAACCCAGACCCAGAUAUGAGGGCAAAUGCUGAAAGGUCAGGGAAACAAAGGAACAAGCCACAGCUCACCUCGCCAACUCCACGAAUCCCCUGACUGAAUGUCUCUGAGUCUCACCCGAAAGACUCCAGCCAAAAAAGCCUCUACCUGAAAGGGACGCUAAUGCCGAAAACCUUUUAGUUCCUGUCUCCUCAGGCCUUAUAUACCUUUCUCGGCCCGGCCAUCACUUCUGGGGUUAAAGGCAUGUGUGCUUCCCAGGAAUGGGAUUAAAGGUGUGUGCCACCACUGCCUGACUCUGUUUUCUCUCCUAGACUGAGUCAAUCUCAUGUAGUCCAGGGUGGCUUUGAACUCACAGAGAUCCUGAUGGAUCUCUGCCUCCCAAGUGCUAGGAUUAAAGGUGUGUGUGCUACCACUGCCUGACCUCUAGUUUAAUCUAAUGGUUUGUUCUGUUCUCUGAUCUUCAGGCAAAUUUUAUUAGGGUACACAACAUAUCACCACAGGCUAUCCUGUAACUGUAGUUGAGGAUACACCUAAUGAACAGCCUCUUUUGUAGGUGGCUGUGUGUAUAUACAUGAUCAUGUGCACGUGUGUGCAGUUACACAUGCAUGUGGAAGCCCAAGGUCAACCUCAAAUGUCAUUCCUAAGGUGUCUCAUUUUGUGAGAAAAGGUCUCUGAUCGGUAAUGCUUGGGGGGCGCUCACCAACCUAAGACAGAGCACCUGUGUGGCCUGGGCAGGUGUCUCCAUGACAGGUAAGGUGACCUGCUGACAUCCCACGCAACCUAAGUCAGAAGCUCAUUUUUUAGUAAAAGGGAGGACCUGUAGGGCCCUGGCCCCUGUUUUGGGUAACUGUUGCCUUACUUGCUGACCUUGACCUUGAUGUCCUCCCUAUGCUAAUUCCCUGCUGGGUUCCACCCUCCUGAAUGCUUAAGGGAAGUUCCUUGUCUGUGUAUCCUGCAUAUUGGGCAUUAACAGCUUAGAUGCAGGAUUGUAAACAUCGGUAGUGCACUUCUGCCCUCCGGGGUUCUCCCAUUGUGCUGUAAGCCUGUAUUUAAGACCUCCUUCCUCCUUCAAUAAACAGCAUUCGGCAUUCAAAAAAAAAAUUUAUACUGUAUCAAGCUGAUAAUAGAAAAAUAAACAAAUAAAUAAAUAAAAAUGAAAAAGAAAAGGUCUCUGACCUGAGGCUCCCAGGUGAGGCUAGACUGGGUGGCCAGCAGCACCAGGGACUAGCCUGUCUUCCUCUGAGAGCUGAGAUUACAAACCACAAACCAGGCUGGGCAGAUCUUUGUGAGUUUGAGGCCAGCCUGGUCUAUCGUCAUCAUGAGUUCCAGAGCAGUCAGAGCUAUGUAGAGAGACCCUAUCUCAAAAACAAAAACAAACGAACAAAAACCCCACAAACCUGGCCCUUUGGUAGUAAGCAUUUUUAUCAACUAAGCCAUCCCCUCCGCCACCCACUCACCCCCACCCCUGCCCCAAGAUCCCAAAAUAAACAUCUGUUUCACUACGUAUAUCAUCAGUAGGUUGACAUUUAUCAAUUCUUUUAUCCUAUAUGUAAUUUUCUAAAGGCACAGGGGAAACACCGGGACACUGCAGGCCACCAUGUCCCCAGCCUCUGGCCCCUUUCUGGUCUCCCUUUAAUCACGGGUUUGCAGCUGUUUUUGUUUUUAAGUCUUAGUCUUGAGGGUCAAUGUGGUAUGUGCUGUCACAUGCCUGUAAUUCCAGCACUCCAGUGACUGAGGUCAGAAAGGGAGACCUCUAAGGCCAAUCUGGUCUACACAGCCGAACUAGCAAAAGUCCCAGUCUGCAAAGAACUGCAAAGUGCCACACAAACUUUGCGUUUGUUGUUAGGAGAGAAAGUGAGAUGGUUUUGUGGCGCCACCUGGUGCUCAAUAAUACAUAAUACAAGUCCUUAAGAGCUCCUGUACCACCACCCUGUGCUAUAGAGUAACUUUUUGUUGUUUUUCGAGACAGGGUUUCGCUGUGUAGUUUUGGUGCCUGUCCUGGAUCUCACUCUGUAGACCAGGCUGGCCUCGAACACAGAGAGAUUGCCUGGCUCUGCCUCCUAAAUGAUGGGAUUAAAGGCAUGUGCCACCACCAGCCCGCUACAGAGUAAAUCUUAAGGUAUGAGAACACCAGUAAAUUUUUAUUCAUUCAUUCAUUCAUUCAUUGACCCAUCCAUCCAUCCAUCCAUCCAUUGAUUUGUUUGUUUGUAUAUUUGGUGUCAGGGGGAUUGAGUCUUGAUAGAACUCUUUCCACCAGCUACACUCCUGGCUCUGAAUACUUUUAAAAUAAAUGUCAGAAAAAGCAGUUUGUAGAAAAGCAGUUUCCUCUUCUUUGAUGUUUACAGCAGGAGACUGCUUCCUUUCAGAGACCUCCCACCUGACCUAGAGAUAACUCACCUCUGCUGUACAGAGUAACAACCUUGGUUCCAGGCUGUUGUGUAGAAGCAAAUUCGAAGCUAGCCUGAGCUACAUUGAAGUGCCACAAAACAAAUAAGCCAACAAAUGAACAACUUUUGGUAGUGUGGUAUGGUGGCACACCCUGUGACCCCAGCAUUUGAGGAGUGAAGGCAGGAAGAUUAGGAGUUCAAGGUCAUCCUUGGUAUGUGAGUUCAAAGCUAAUCUGGGCUACCUAGUCUAUACUGGAACUCACUCUAGGCCAAGCUGGUCUUGAACUCAGAGAUCUGCCUGCCUUUGUCUCCCAAGUGCUGAGAUUAAAGGUGUGUGCCACCACGCCCAGCCUGGGCUACAUAUUCUAGUUUGCUGUCCUGUUGCUGUGAUAAACACCAUGGCCAAAAGCUACUUGGGGAGAAAAGAGUUUAUUUGGCUUACAAGUUUCAGGGAAGCAAGGGAAGGAACUCAAGGCAGGAUGUUGGGACAGAAACUGCAGAACACCACUUACCUGCUAUCUCAGCUACCUUUUUUUUUUUUAAAUGUGCAAUAAGAUAAAAUAAAAUAAA